GACGCAGCUGAUAAAUCUAGACUUUUGCUUGUCCGCCUAAAAAGUACUUUUUAUUAUUGUAAAAAAAGUUGGAUGUUGAGUCAUAGCCUGUUUAUCACAAAGAGGACGAAAUGUGUCUUUUUAGACUGCGACAGGUGGGGCCGUUUGAAUUAUAUCUAACAUAAGCAAAUGAUAGCUAUUACAUAAGAAACGAUUUAGUUGUGAUAGAAUAUGGUUGGUUCUUGCGUACAGAGCGAGGGAUUAAUAUGAAAACAUAGCCUACUGUGCACAGCGUAUUCAGUUGGGGCACUCAGUCGCAAAGCUCGGGGAAUGACGUCUUGCGUUGAGUUGUUUAGCCUGGGCUCGCUGUAACCGGGGCAGGUUUCGAUUUAGGAAGAAUGUAACGUAGGUUACUGUAGUAGGCUACGGGAGAGCUCCGCACAGUGGACAAAGUAGAAUGCGUAAACCACUGUACUCCAACUCUGAGCAUGGUUCUGUAGGCUAACACAGGAGUUAAUCUAGCUGGAAACAUAUUGUUCACUGAACAAACAUCGGUCUGCGGGGGAUUAUAAAAAGAAGAAAAUGCCAUUUUGCAAGAGGACAAUAUCUCCCAAGGAUGUCUGCAAGGGUGACAUUAAAAUUUUCACGGAGUUGGUGGAUGUGUGUGGGUUCACUCUAUGCUCUGUGCUCCGGCAGCUCUCGGAUUUAUCCCGACAGUCGGUCAGCAUCUUGGAGGAGCUCGAGGGUGAACUUGUGUCCAUUUGUCACCGAUCCGGGACGCUGGAAAAUAAAGUUGUGGGUUUACAAAAACACAUCGCUGCUCUUGCGUGCAAGCCACCACCAAAGACCAACACCAACUUGGACUCGGAGAGCAAGCGAACGGCCCACUUCCAAUCGUCAUGGCAACAGCAUGUGAAUGUGUUCGGCUCGUGGAGUAGGCCGGAGUGUGUGCAGGAGCUGCAUCAGGAAGCUCAGCUCAACCUGCAGAGCCUGCUGCAAGACUUUGAGGAGCAGCUAUAUGACAACAGAGUGACUGGACAGACGUUCCGCCACCCCUCCUCUCAAAGCUCCGAGGACACCUCUACAACGCUCAGCCGAUCUCCUGGCGCACUCAGCAACAAGAGGCCGGAGUUCAUCUUCCUGCCAGCGAAUAAGCAGGUCAGUGAGGAUGAGGCGGAGGCGUUAGGGUUUCAUGCCCGAGAUCCCACCUGUGGGUCAGAGCACCCCCUGCUGGGCUGGAGUGCCUCGCUGGGUCCCCCCGUGGCUGAGAAACCCCGCUGGCGCCUGGGCCGCAACACUCCCACACAGCUUGUGCCCAUCGAUGUAUCAGGUGAUGGCAAGAUUCUGGGUGUUGACCUGAUCCAGGGUGCCUGCUCUCCGGAUUCCUCCCAGCCACGGUCCCUGCAGCCCAGCACGGAGGUCUCAGAGGAGCACCAGCUGGCCCUGAGGAAGACCCAGAGUGACCUGGAGCACAGUGUGCCCCCUUCCCCCAAGGCACCCCCUGGCAUGAUGGACCAGGCCACCCUCAUGUGCCCCAGCACCUCCUGGAACGGACCCAAGGGCUCCACCUUCUCCCCAGCCUGGAGCGACUCCUAUAACUAUGCCCUAGCACCUGGCUCUAUGGCCAAGCAGUCCCCUUCCAAAACAGGUAGCAUUGGGGGAGUAGGUGGAGGUGGAGGUGGAGGAGGAGGAUUGCCAUGUCCCUCCCAGACCUACUCAGGCCUGUCCGCGAGCUCGAGUUCUCAUUCCAGUUCCUUCGCCUCCAUCAACGAGCCCUCCGCACAUCAGCGGGGGCACUCGGGCUGCCACGGCCUGGCGAGACGGCACGAGACGGAGGGGGCGGUCGCGGUCGUUCCAGGAAACGGCUACGGACACGUCGACCAGGACAAAAGGUCAAUGCGCUCGAACGCUUUCAAGUUUCGAGAGCGCUCCCUGUCUACACCGACAGAUUCCGGAUCCUUCUGCUCAGCAGACAAUAUGUACUAUCCAGCACAGGUGGCAGGUCCAACAGCCCAUGAAGGAGAGACCUACGCCCUCCACUACCCCAGCGGCAGCUCAGAGGACAGCGCGAGCACGGACAACAUGUCCGUGACUAUGGCCCCAGACCUGGUCCCCGAUGGGCGUUUGCGGACACGCUCCCGUAGCAUCUCCCUGAAGAAGCCCAAAAAGAAACCGCCCCCACCCGUGCGCAGCGUUUCCCUGAUGAAGAACCUGAGCGACGCCGCCGCCGCCGGAGGCAGGGAGAGCCAUUUCCGCGACGGCCGGCCCAAGAGCCUCCACAUCCCCAGGGAGCACCAUCUCCAGGAGUCCUUCCACCCGGAGUUCCUCAUGGCGGUCAAGAUGAAGCCGGACGUGGAGCUCGACCCUGCGCGGGGCUAUUCUGAACCGGACGCCUCUCCGCGCGAGGGCAUCCCGGAGCAGGAACGGGAGCUGGUACUGCCCGCACACUGGCCUCUAAACGAGUGGAAGGCCAACAACGACGCAUACCACUCGCUGUCCGGUUCCAGCACAGCAACGGGCACUACAGUCAUAGAGUGCAUGAAGGUACAAGGCAGCUCCGAGUCACUUGAUUCCCACUCCACGUCCCGUGCGACGUCCCCAUCCCAACUCUCCAUCGAAGCUGAGGUGAAAGUUUCGCCGUUUAAGCCCCCUGGGCUCAUGUCCCCGUCCAGUGGCUACUCGAGUCAGUCUGAGACUCCGACUCCAACGAUGCCGUCCGCUCUCAAUACGGGGCCCUCUUUCAUGGGCUGCAAGAUGCGUCCCAAAAUCCCAGAGAGGAAGUCCUCGCUCCCAGCCACCUCGCCACGAGAAAAGACCGCUCGGUCUCGUCUGUCCUUUGAGCUGCCCAGCGCCCAGCUGGACCUGUCGUCCGUCAAGCCCAAACCCAAAGCUGGCCGCCGUCACUCGGACACCUCCGCGGCCAGCAAGCCAGGCAAACUGAGCCCGAGUCAGUCCACGCUGCCCGUGGUCACCCAGACGGAGUUACGCAACAUUCGACUACGCUCCGUUAGCCGCUCGGAGCUCGAUGACAGCCCCGACGGAGCCUCAGACAUCAUCGAGGAGGAGCAAGGGCGUGACCUUAGUCCCCCCUGCACUCCUGACCCCAAACCGCCCAAACCCCCCGUGGCGAUGAAACCGCCACUGCCCAAACGCCCGAUCAACCUGAUGUUCAAAUCCCCCUCGUCCUCCCCGUUGGCGCCCGAGUCCCCUCCAGCGUCUCCAGUGGACCGGCCCAUGCCCGUGGGGAACAUCUACAUGGUGGUCAGGAAGCCCAAACCCAAGAGGCCACCUCAGUCCCCCGUAAGCCCGUUGCCCAGCGCAAACCAGGAGCACCAGUCCCAGUCCUAUCUCCCGGCUCUAUUGCCUGAGCUAGAUCUGGAGCACGGCAUCCCCAUUGAGGAGGAGGAGGGUCCACCUUCCCCCAGUAGCCCUGAGAAAGAGGACAGGAGCAAGACCCUUCCCAGCCACAUGACAAUCUCGUGCUUAGCUGAGCUAGAUAAGCGGCGGCCCAAGGUGCCCCCGCCCGUGCCCAAAAAGCCCAGCGUCCUUCUGCUGCCGUCCCCGUCUUCCGCGCAAACCAACGGAAUUGCGAGCCAGCAGCUUCCUCCCUCCAACAGCGAUUCAGAAUGUCCAGUCAGUGCACUGGAGCCGGUGUCCGAACCCGAGGAGGUCGAGAACCCAGUAGUUGAGGCUGACACUCCAAAGGAUUCCACUCCUCCGUCAGAUGUACAAACACUGGCUGCUGAAACAGUGACAGAAGUCCCAGAAAGCCCUAUGGAGGCAAACAGCUCCGUCGGAGAUAAGAAUGAGCUACACAUAACUGAGGAGACAGAAGAUGAUGUUUUAACUCCCACUCCCACAACUCACACCACUGAGGACCUCUUCACCAUCAUUCACCGGUCCAAGCGAAAGGUUCUUGGCCGCAAAGAACCAGUGGACUCCUUUGGCAGUCGGCAGAGUCUCAUCUCUCCAGUGAAGAGCAACAGCAGCGACCAUCUGCGGACUCUAACUCUGGGCAGCACACCAAGGUCCAGUCUGAGGAAUGAGAACUUCAUGGCUCUGCUGCAGAAGAAGGGCAGCAAGUCCAGCAGUGGAACUCGCGUCUCCGCCAUGGAGCUUCUCAAGAGCACAAACCCGCUGGCACGCCGCGUCACAGAGUUCUCCCAGCCUGACCCAGACUCAACAGUGACCAAUCCGUCCAAACCACUCGAAGACUGAAGGGCAACCUGCUGUAAGCUCUGAGUCUGAAUUUUGAAGGUGUGUCCCCUUGUUCCACUCGACCAGGCGAAAAAAGAACAAUUUAUUAGGAACCCACAAAGUCUGGAUGCUCAUAUGAAACACAAGUGCUCAUUGCUUAUUUUGAUUUCACCAUUUCACUGGCUAAUGUUUUCCGUAGUGGUGGAGAUUUUUUCAUUUACCCAGUAGAUGGAUCUUCUAUUUGAUGGAGGAUUUUUGAAAUCGACAAGUCACCCUCUGAUUCUCUUGAGAAUGUACACAGCAAGUCAUGCAAAAGUCUUUUUUAAAUGGAACUGAAAACAUCUGCCGUGGUAAUAUUUGGGUACUAAACUAUACACUUUAAAGACCAAAAUUGCCCUAAGUGGCCAAAAUCAAAUGAAUCAAUUUUGUGCCUGCAGGACAGAAGAAAUGAGAGGAAGAGAUUUUUUGCUUGAAAAAUAGAUUAUGCAUCUCACAUAAAAUUCAAGCAAGUUUUCACACACAUUCCAUUAAGUGUGCGAGGAUGCAACACCCCAAACCCCUUAAGAUAAAGCACUUUUCUCAGUCAAAGGAAAUACAGAACAGAUAUCUAUUAUUUUGUCAGACUAAAAGAAAAUGCCAUAUACACAUCUUUUUGGAUAUCAGUUAAUCUGUAUAAAGCUAUACAUACAUUCAUUAACUUAUCUACAGAUCUGUUUAAUCUAAGAGACACAAAAUGAUUGUGUGUAAUUGUGCGUUUUGUGGCCAAUGGAAACUGCCUAUGGAAGGAAUCUUCACACUCUCCGGAUUAAAGCACUCCAACACAAUAUGCAACACCUGAUAACCUGAUAACAAAUGGAUCUUUCCCAUACUGCCAAACAAUGGCAAUUCAGUACUCGUGUGAACUUCUGUGACUGAACACACUAACAAGGAGAAGCCCAAACUUUUAUCUGAACUGUCAAAACUGUGACUGAACUGCCAUGCCAACACUUCAAACAGUGGACCAAGAAAGGUUAAUCAGGGCUAGAUGGAAACAGGUUCCGGCUGGAGAGUGGGUAGGAAAUGGGUUUUCCUUGUUUGGACGCUGAGACGGUCCAAAGGCUGUCUGAGGGGUGACUCACUCAGGGGUUUCGCAAAUCUCAGGAGACCCAAUAUGGUGAUAGGUCCAAGUGUGCCAGGUCUCUAAAAAUAGAGAGCAUACAAUUGAACACACAGAGAAACCAGGAGGACAAGCAAGGCUGGCCCUGAACAGUCAGCUUAAGCUUUGAGUUUCUUUCCCCUUCCUCUCUUCUUUUAAGCCUCCCUCCAAAGGUGCUAUCAUAACUCAUUGUUGCACCCAGAUAUUGGCUCUAGAGAUUCAUUGCUUUAUUUGUUGAGUAUUCUUGCUUACAGAAAAAUGCACCAAUCAGACUCUGAAUCAGAACUACAGAUGGGUUUAGGACAGGGGGUCUGGAUCCUGCUCCUUGAACCCCUUUGCAUGGAAAAUAGUUCUUGUCAAUCUUUAAGCACACACCUGAUUGCUGUCAGUGUAAUCAUAAUGCUAUUGAUGUAGCUCCAUCAGGUGUCUCCAACCAAUCAAGAGUGUUACCAAUGGCCCCUGGUCAGGUCAGAAGAGCAGAGUUACCCUAUAGGAGCUGGAUGGAGAACAUGUUUUUUUAAUUUCUCAGAGAGUUAUAUGUGUCUUCACUUAUAACUGCCAUCUCUCACACUAAACGCAGAUUAUUGCUAGAAGCAAAAUGAUUAGACAUGUAGCUUACUGGUCUCACCAUUCUUAUAUGUUGUUGACCGGUACUUGCAAUCUGUUUGUUGAGAUUUCGCACCCCUCCAUGCUGAAGUGUGAUUCUGUCAAUGAACUGCUUCGACUCUUUGACUCAGAAGAAGACAGAAUCCUGGUGCUAUUGAGUCAGAGCGCCAUCUAGUGUCUAAGAGAUGAAGCGUCCACAGAAAAUUAUUUGACUGUUACUGUAAUACCAUGACAAAAAAGGAAACUCACAGUAUUAGGAAAGCCUUGACUUUCCUUUUCAAAUAUUCAAGAAAAAAGAGGACUAGAAGAAAGAAACAAAGAUGUAAUUGAUCUCAAUUCUGUGAAGUUUGUUUUAAUUGUUUAGAAAAUGACAAAAAAAAGCUGGCACACAGUGUUUGUUUGCCUUGUGAUCUGGCAUGAAGCCCUGUGUUUGAAAUGCCUUGGUAUUGCACUUCCGUAGGAGUCUGCUGAGUCUCUUUUAAUGAUAACUACUCUCAAAUAACUGCUAUUGUGAACUCUGUGCUACAAUCUUUUACUGUCAACAACACGUUCAUGGGUACAUGAAGGAAGGCACAGAAGAAACAGGAAAUGGGAGAGAAAAAGAAAGAACGUGAGAGAGGGAUGAAGAGAGAGGGAGAGGAAGAAACAGUAAGUUUGUGCAUGUUCAGUAUAGUAUGCACAAACUGAAUAACAGAAUACAGACAUGCACAAAAGCUCUACAAGAAGCCAAACAUUGUUCCUUGAUAGGGAAAGAAAUGCUUAAAAUAUUGUUAAUCAUAUUCUUGUGCAGACCACAGUCCCAGUAGGCCAGCUGUGGCAUUUCAAAUAAUAUUUUGAAAAUCCAUACGGCCUGGCUUGUGUUAGUAAACUUUAUGAUUAUUAUGACAUAGGGACCUGCCUGAUUAAUCAUAGUAUUGUGUUUUUCAGAAUCGGAGGGGGAGAACAUAUAAUGGUACAGAGGCUUUUUAAACAAGCUGUGUUUCCAUGAAACAUGAGUGUACAGUAUUGACGUGAGAGGACCUUGUCUGGGUUUGCCAGCCUUGUCUGUUACUCUUUCAUUUGUUCCCUCUCUUUGCCUGGCCCUUCACCUCCCUCUGUGUUCUUAGAUGAGACUCGCGGGGAUGCAUUUAAAAGUGAUUUAUAAUUCCCAAUGGGACUGUUGUCCCGCAUGCGUGUAGCACACAGGAAAGGCUAAGGAGGAGAGGAGAGGAGUAAAAGAGGGGGAUGAGACAAAAGACGUGCGGAGGAAGAAGAAAUGAAAAUGCUUUAUGAACCUUCUGCAACCUCUGAAUCAAAGAAGGAUGAAAGCUUUUUAAAUGAUUAUGUGAUUGUUGUGAAGCUAUCAUGAACAUUCUAAAAUACAGAAUUCUAUGACAGCCGCAAAUAUAGCAUGUAUAUAGCAGAUGUUACAGUGAGGGCCACUUGACCGAAUCUAUAGAGAAGAAUUUAACACAGAAAUAGAAUUGUACUUCAGAGGUGGAAUAGCACAAAGUGCUCUCUUGCUGUGCAAUGUCCUAACAAAUCUGCCAAAACAGAUAAGCUUUAUAGAAAAAAGAAUCUUUACCCCUAUGUGUAGACAUGCAGCAAGGAGGGUGGGUUAGUGAGAUAUUAACUGGGAAUUAUAUUUUUGUUAUUUUUAUCAUUGGAAGAACAUAUUUAAAAACUCAACAUGUUAUUAAAUAUCUGUCAACAAAACAGUAAGGAAAAUGUAGCUGUGAGAUAUAAAAGCAGCUAUGCCUUGCUAAUGUAUAAAGAUAUAAAAUAAAUUAUUUUUCUUGUGUAA